AUGGCAGGCCAGUGGGGGUAUAAGAUGCCGAAGCUCAACACAACUUUGGGAAAGGAUCUAAGUUCAAAUUCUUUGGAACUAAAACAGAGGAUAGAUGGCAAUGACACCAGUAAACUGGUUACCUUAGCAACCUCUGUGAAUGGCAAUCGUGUGACAAAUGGAUUGGCAAGGCUGGAUGAAACCAAAAGACGCAACAAAGUAAACAGCUUUACUUCGGUGAAACACAAUCAAUCAAAUCUUCAGAAGAUUAGGAGUCAAAGGGAAGGCCAAUCUUCGCAUUCAUUAAACGUAUGUUCUAUCUUCAACUCUGGGACAAGGACUUUACCCCAUUCAGAGAGAAAUGGACUAUUUACAGACAGGAUGAAAGGUGAACAGCCUGAUUCGUAUGAAAGCAAUAUUCCAGGAAGUUUUAAAGUAGACAACUCAGGACCCUUGGAAGUAGAAGUGCAUGACCUGACAAAGUUGGAGGCUUCAGAAACACCCAAUACUGAUGAUGAAAAAGAUGAUGAAGAAUCAGUAGCAACAGACAGCACUGUGCAUCUCACAAAGCAAAUUGAGGUGAUCAUUAACUUGAAACCAAAGGCGGAGGAGAAUAUCGAGUGUAGCAUUGAGAAAGACCAGCAAAUAAAUUCAGAUGAAACUCUUGUGUGAGCACAUGAAAUUUAUAGAUUUUUUUGUUAUAAAUGUUGAACUAUGAUUCACUAACUCAGAAUCAGAAUCAUGUUUAUUAUCAUCAGCAUGUGUCGUGAACUUUGCUAAACUUAUUUCCUGCUUGGUAUUCUCAUCAAGAAAUGUAAAACCAUUUUGAUCAAUAUUUGACAUAUAAGUAUGUUUUUAGUUCGAGGUAUGAAUACACAUCAUGGUGAUACCAAAGUAAAUAACUUUUGGCCAAAAUGUAGAUCUCGGUGCCAACUGCUGAAAACUAAUGACUAAUAACGUCUGUUUGAUUAUGUUAUUGUGCCGAUAAAGGGAAGAAACCAAUGAUAACAAGUAAUUGAUCAUUGGUAAUGAAUAUGUUAUUGUCACAUAUACCAAGAUACAAUGUAAAACUUUGCUUUGCAUGUCACCCAUACAAAUCAUUCCAAAACGUAAAUACAGUGAAGUUGUACAAACGGAUUAGCAAUAACAGAAUGCAAUUAGAGCAACAUUGUGGUGCAGGUAAGAAAAUAAGAUGUAUGGCCCAUGAUAUGGUCAAUUGAGGAAUCAAGAGUUCAUCUUUAUCAUACUUGAGGUCAGAUCAAGGUUCUUAUGACAGCAGAUUAGAUAGAAGCUGUCCUCAAUCCACGUUGUGAGUGAUUUCAUUCUUCUGCCUGGUGGAAGAGGGGAGAAUAACCAGGAUGUGAGGGGUCAUUGAUUUUGUUUGUGUUCCUGAGGCAGCAGGAAAUGCAGACAGAGUCAAUGGAGGGGAGGUUGGUUUUCAUGAUGUACUGAGCUGUGUCCGCAGCUCUCCACAAUUCCUUGCUAUUUUUGACAAAGCAGUUGUCGUACAUAACUUUAUCUGGUUAGGAUACAUUCUAUCAUAUAUUGAUAAAAAUUGGGGACAUGCUGAACUUCUGAGGAAGUAGGGGUAGUCUGUGCUUUCUGGCCAUAGAUUCUAUGUUGGUAAGUCUUUGAUUUUUCUCCUAAUACACACUAAAUAAUUAUAAUUCUGAACAGAAUAACUUUUUGUCUAAUGAAAAGCACCAAUUUUCAUUUACGUAACAUUCUUGACAUAGUAAAUUGUCCCUUAGUGCUUCAUAGAUUAUCAGAUAGAAUUUGACACCAAAUCAUAUAAUAUAUUUCAAUACUUGACCAAAGAGUUGUCAAAAAGAUUAAGCAGAAUCCCAGAGUAGUUGGAGAAGUUUAGAAUACAAAUUCCAUAAUUUAGUUAAUUCAAAAUGCACUAUUAAUGAAAUGUGCACGAGAGGUCAGAAACAGAACAACAAAGAUUGCUAGUAGGAACAUAAAUAUUGAGGACAUUACAAUGACAGACCUGGAGAGGGAUAUGGAUGAAUUUGAAAGCAUAUAUGGGAGUUCUAAAACUGAGCAUCCGUCAGGUCAAGUACUGGUAUAGACAUGACCACAGAGAUAACAGGAGCCUUUGUACUUGUUUGGAUGGGAGCAACAGGGUUAGUUUUGUGCUUAUGUUUAUGGAGAUCAAGGAAUGGUUAGAGGGGCAACUGCAAACUGUAUAUUUAAUAAGAUUGCACGUCAAUUGAUAAAACUGUUUAUUCAAGAAUUCUUUUUUAGUUUUUUUCAAAGUAUUUCAUAUAUUUUUACACUAUUGUCUUAAAGAAUUUGUAUCAGGAAAGUUAUUAUGAAUGUUAGUAGGUGUAUUUUUAAUCAUCUUUCUUCUGUAUCUGUUACACUUGGUUGCCAAACCCACACUUAGAGGCGUACACUAAGUUUAAAGGUGUCCUAUUUUUGGAAAAAACAGAUUGUUUGGUAAAUGGUUCAUGUUAA